AUGUCAUAUUCACUCACAAACCGCUUAUUCUCUGACGCUCUUCGUGAUAUGCAACGAGCCAUGGCUGCAUUCGAGCAACCCUUGUUUGCUGUUCCUACUGGUGCAUUGAUGGGUCCAUCGUCCAAUACUCCCUCCUUGUCACGCUCUACUCAUGGUGCUUUCCAUCCUACCACAGAUAUGAUUGAGACGCCUGACGCCUAUGAGUUGCAUGCUGAACUGCCCGGUUAUGACAAAAAGGACAUCAAGAUUGAAAUGCCUGAUAGCAAUACUUUGGUGAUCAGUGGUAAUGUAGCCAAGGAGUACAAGUCUCAAGGUCCAUCUGGUGAAGAUACCGCUACCGAUGCAACUACUGAUGAAGCUUCUGCUAGCAAAGAAAGCCAACAAAUGACUACAACUGCAAAGGAUCAAGAUAAGCAAGUUGGUAAGCACUCUGCUGGACACAAGUGGCUGGUUCAAGAACGUACAACUGGUUCGUUUGUCAGAACUUUCACUUUGCCAAUUGCUGUCAAGUCUGAAACUAUCAAGGCUUCUUAUAACAAUGGCGUUCUCAAGGUUGUUAUUCCCAAGGCUGAGAACAAGCAGACCAAUAAUCAGAUCACCAUUGAUUAA